AUGUAUAAAACGGAAGGAGGAAGGAAGUAUGCACAGCAUCCCACAGGUAUUUCUCGCUCUGUGUUACCAAAGAGUCUACUUUUCUACCAAAGACUGAGCUCUAUGAUGAAGGGAAGCAAAGAAUGCGAUGAAAAAUGUGACUUGGGGGAAAAGACUAAAGAAAGCUCAAUGAGUAAUCUGGAAGAAGAUGCUGAACCAGCCCCAAGUGAGCAAGAACCAGAAGAGGAACAGACUUCAUACCGUGGAGAUGACCUACGAAACUACAAGGCCCAUGUGAUAUCUAAAUUCGACACCAGUGCGGACGUACGCUCUGAUGACCCAGAGAUGAAAGUGUUGUUGGACGCUUUCAAACAGACAGUCUUCCGUCCUCACACUGUUAUCCUUCACGGAAGAUCAGGAGUUGGGAAGUCAGCCUUGGCCAGAAGUAUCAUGCUGGGCUGGGCACAAGGUAAACUCCUCCAAGACAUGUCCUGUGUCAUCUUCCUCUCUACUAGAGAAAUAAAGUGGACAGAGACGAGCAGUUUGGCACAGUUAAUUUCCAAGGAGUGGCCAGACUCCAAGGCCCCAGUGACAAAGAUCAUGUCCCAACCAGAAAGGCUCUUGUUUGUCAUAGACGAUUUUGACCAUCUGAACUCUGUCCCCCUACGUGAUGACAUGAGACUCUCUGAAGACUGGGAGGAUGAGCAGCCCAUCUGCGUCCUGAUGUUCAGCCUCCUCAUGAAGGCCCUCCUACCCAAGUCCUUCCUCCUCAUCACCACCGGAGACACGGGCUUAGAAAAUCUCAAGUCAAUGGCAGUGUCCCCCCUCUACAUACUGGUUGAAGGACUGUCUGCAACAAGGAGGACUCAGCUGGUCGUUGAGAACACCCUUGAUGACCAUCGAAGAAUGCAAAUCCUACACUCUGUGAUAGAUAACAACCCGCUAUUUGACCAAUGCCAGGUGCCCUCCAUAUGCUCACUGGUCUGUGACGCUUUGCAGCUACAGGAGGCGCUAGGAAACAGAUGUGCCCCAGCCUGCCAGACUCUGACCAGUCUGUAUGCUACCUUGGUGUUCCACCAGCUCUCCCCAAGAGAUCCUCUCCAGAGCUGUCUCAGUCAGGGAGAGCGACUUACCCUAAUGGGUUUGUGCAGAAUGGCAGCCGGGGGAGUGUGGAGCAUGAGGUCCGUGUUCUACGAGGACGACCUGAAGGCCCACGGCCUAAAGGCAUCUGAGAUCUCGGCUCUCUUUCACAUGAACAUCCUUCCCCACCAAGUUGGCCACAGCAGUGAGCAGUGUUACAUGUUCUUCCACCUCAGCCUUCAGGACUUCUGCGCCGCCUUGUAUUAUGUCUUAGAAGGGUUGGAGGAAUGGAAUGAGUACUUUUUCAUCAUCAGAAACCGAGGGACCAUCAUGCAGCUGAAGGAAGCUGAUGACACUCGUCUCCUUGGGAUGAAGCGUUUCUUAUUUGGCCUCAUGAACAAGGGCACCAUGAGGACCUUAGAGGUUCUGCUCGGAUGUCCUCUGUCCUCUGGUGUAAGGCAGAAGCUCCAACACUGGGUCUCUCUGCUAGGACAUCAGGUCGACACCACCAGCCCAGCAGAUGUCCUGGAUGCCUUCCACUAUCUCUUCGAGUCUCAGGAUGAGGAAUUUGUUCACUUGGCUCUGAACAGCUUCGAGGAAGUGUGGCUUCUUGUUAACCGUAAGAUAGACUUGAUGGUAUCUUCCUACUGUCUCCAGCAUUGUCAGAACUUGAAGGCAAUUCAGGUGGAUGUCAAAGACCUCUUCUCAGUGGAUACGACUUCCGAGCUGUGCCCUGUUGUUCCCCAGAAGACACAAUGUAAGCCCCUCAUCAUUGAGUGGUGGGAGAAUUUCUGCUCUAUGCUCAGCACCCACCCAAACUUGGAGAAGCUGGACUUGGGCAACAGCGUCCUGAAUGAAUGGGCCAUGAAGAUACUGUGCCUCAAGCUGAGGGAUCCGUCCUGUAAUAUAGAGAGCCUGACGUUUAAGAAUGCAGAGAUAACACCUGGCCUGCACUAUCUCUGGAUGGCCCUUAUUAGAAAUCGGCAUUUAAGACACCUUAAUCUAGGGAACACCCCCAUGAAGGAAGAUGACAUGAAGUUAGCUUGUGAAGCACUGAGACAUCCAAACUGCUUCCUGGAGUCCCUGAAAUUGGAUUCCUGUGCAUUAACCCAUCCUUGUUAUGUGAUGCUCUCUGAGCUUCUUAAUUCAACCAGCCACCUAAAAUCUCUCAGCCUGGCAAAAAAUAACGUGGUAGAAAAGAGCAUGAAGUCCCUCGGUGUCGCCUUGAGUAGCUCGGAGUGUACGCUGGAGAAGCUGAUACUGGACAGCUGUGACCUCACACCUGUCAGCUGCUCCAUUCUGGCCUCAGCCCUUUCCAGCAACAAGACCUUGACCCACCUGUGCCUGUCGAACAACAGCCUGAUGACUGAAGAAGUGAGGCAGCUGUGUCAGUUCAUGAGCAAUCCAGAAUGUGCCCUGCAGCGGCUCAUACUAAAUCACUGCAACAUCAGAGGACACUCCUAUGGCUUCCUGGUGUUGAUGCUUAUGAAUAACAGGAGGCUGACACACCUGAGCCUGACCAUGAACCCCAUAGAGGAUGGUGGAAUGAAGCUCCUGUGUGAGGCUAUAAAGCAGGAGACUUGUGGCCUCCAAGAACUGGAACUGGUGGACUGCCAACUCACAAACUACUGCUGCGAGGAUCUGGCCCACGUGAUCACCGUGAACAAGCACUUGAAGAGCUUGGAUCUCGGUAACAACGCCCUGGGUGACAAAGGAGUCGUAGCCCUGUGCGAAGGGCUGAAUCAAAGUAACAGCACCCUGAAGAGACUUGGGUUGGAGGCAUGCGAGUUGACUUCCGACUGCUGUGAGGCACUGGCACGGGCCAUCUCUUGCAAUCAGAACCUGAUCAGCCUAAACCUGGCAAAGAAUGACUUCAGCACAUCGGGGAUGUUGAGGUUGUGCUCUGCGUUCCUGAGCCCUACCUCUAAUCUGUGGAUAAUCGGCCUGUGGAAACAGCAGUACUAUGCCGAGGUGAGAAGGCAACUGGAAGAAGUGCAGUUUUCUAAGCCCCAUAUGGUCAUCGUUGGCGACUGGUACUCCUUUGAUGAAGAGGACCGUUACUGGUGGAAAAGUUGA